AUGGCUCAUCCUAAAAUACUCGUUCUGGGCGGGACUGGCCCGGCUGGUAUAUGCCUCCUCCGAGAGCUACUUCAUCGCAAUUGUGCUACGGUCGUAUAUGCCAGAAAUACGUCGAAGAUUCCAGAUGACAUACGGGAACAAAAACUUAUAGAGCUCAUCAUAGGCGAGAUCAGCGACGACGAAAAGCUCGCAGCUGCCAUGGCGAAAUGCUCGGCCGUUAUCUCGCUCCUCGGGCCGGAUAUCAAGAAACCCAAAAUCGACCCAGAGCUGUACCCCAAGCUGUACAGCCAGCAUGUGCUUCCUGCUAUGCGCGCUCACGGCGUCAAACGGAUCUUCGUCAUGGGCACUGUGUCCAUCAAGAAUCAGGACGACAUCUGGACGAUAUUUCAGCCGAUGGUCCUUGUCUUUAUGAGGCUGUUUGCGAGUGCCAUAUACCAGAACAUGACUGGACUGGCGGAUCUGUUUCAGAAAUCUGCAGAGGACCUAGAUUGGACUAUAUUCCGCAUCGCACAGAUACCAGGAGAGUCGGACGAAAUUAGCUGGAAGGCAGACAGGGAGAGUGGAGAAGUUUUUGUUGGAAAUGUUGGGCAAACAGGGUGGACGUCCUCGAUCAAGCGAGCAGCUUUGGCUCGGUGGCUGGUUGAUGCGUACAAGAGCGGUUCUUCAGACUGGAUUCAUAAGAUGCCCGCAGUGAGUCGGCGGUCUUGA